AUGUAUGCUAAUAUGACUCACCAGCAACCAGGGGAAAUUAACACCGUAUCUACUAGUUGUUUACCAACAUUUUGGAUACAGUAUCCCCAGUUAUGGUUUAUGCAGGCCGAGUCAUUUUUUGAAAUCAAUCGCAUACAUAAGGAUGCCUUAAAGGUUCAUCACGUUAUUUCCCGACUCCCAGCUGAAAUGUUGCUUCUGACGCAGGAUAUCAUAAAAACGAGCAGUACGUACCAACAGUUAAGCGAAUUGUUAAUCCGUGAGCUUAGCCUUAGUGA